AUGGCGGUGACUGAUGAUGGCAAGCUUUUCCAAUCCAUCAGCUCCCAGAUUCUGGGCCUUCCACCUAGCUGUGUGGAGUUUUGUCCUGCCUUUCCGUCCUAUUUCCUUGUUGGGACGUAUAGCCUUGAGGUCCAAACCCAGAAUGCGGGGGCGGGCAACGGGGAUGUAGACUCCGGCGACGAGCGAGACGGGCAGCCUGCCGAGCCUGCGCAGCCAAAACAGCCGCAAAGCCGCAACGGCAGCAUCGUCGCAUUUCAGAUCCUGGACGGGGCCAUAAUUCAUGUAGAAACUGUGGCUCAGCCCUCGGCUCUCCUGGAUCUCCGCUUCAACCCUCAUGAUGGCUGCCGUGACAUCUGCGCCGUGGUCUCAAGCACGGCCACUCUUGCCCUGUUUAGGCUCUGCCCAGACGGCGACCGACCCCUGAUGCAUCUCCGCACGAUGGGCAUUGCAGCAAUGUCUCGCGGUGAAAUCGGACCGUCACCGGGACAAGAGAUUCUGUUCCUCUCGUUCGCUUGGCACCCUACGCGAGCAGACAUGAUGGCCAUCACUACCUCAACUGGGCACGUGUACCUUGUGCACCUGCCUUCAUUUGAUGGAAAUUGGGAGCUCAGCCCAGAGCCUGUCAUCACGCAUAUGCUCGAGACCUGGUGUGUCGCCAUCUCCCCGUUCCCAGCUGCUCCAGAGCCGUCCGUUGAGACAGCAGGGUCCCCUGGGUUUUCCUCGCGAGUGUAUUCUGGAGGCGACGAUUCCACACUGCGCUGCAGGAUCUGUAACUGGAAGGAAGGGGAUCUCACUGGGUCCUUGCCGGCCCUCGAGUCGAGGGGCCACGGUGCCGGGGUGACGGCGAUCCUUCCUUUGUUCAAGCAAGAGGACGGUCAUGAAGUCAUCGUCACGGGAAGCUAUGAUGAGCACAUCAGGCUGUUCUCGGUUCCGCCUUUUGGCAAACCACGGGGUCUUGCUGAGAGCAGCCUUGGUGGCGGGGUAUGGCGACUGAAGCUAAUUGACCUGGGGAACAAGCCUAACCAGGACUACACCUGGAAAGCAAGGAUACUGGCAUCUUGCAUGCAUGCUGGUGCUAGGAUCGUCGAGCUGCUGAGGACGGCAGACGGCGAGUAUCAGUUCAAGGUCGUUGGCCGCUUUGAGGAGCACAAAAGCAUGAACUAUGGCAGCGACUGCCAGCCGGGGACGAAGGGCGAGUUGACAAUUGUGUCGACUAGCUUCUACGAUAAGCUGUUGUGCUUGUGGCGGAUCCCGGGGCCCGCAUCCACUCUGGCCGUCGGGUGUCAAACCUGA